AAUGGAGGACAACACUAAUGUAAGUUUUCUUACCUCAAGUUUUCGACCGCCACUGUAAAAUGGUCCUUGAAAAUGUUAGGGAAAUGUGGACUGAGAUACAUAAGACUGGCAAGGGAAAGAAGAAAGCUCUUACUGUCAACAAGGAUAGAUUCAUCAGUUAAAUGUUUCUUGGAGAGGACUCUGUCAUCAUUGUGCUCAGAAAUCCCAAGUGUGAGUGGAACCUCACUUGAAGCAAGCAAAAUGGAGGAGAAAGGGGUAGUUGAUGCCACCAUUUUGAUAUGGUCAGGUAUCAAAAUUUUGAGCCAUAACAUAUUUUCGCAUGGUGUGGGUGGAACCUCACUAGAAGCAAGCAAAAUGAAGGAGACAGGGGUAGUUGAUACCACCGUGCACCUCAAAUAUGAGUGUUUAAUCUCCCACCAACCAACCACCCCCCCCCCCCAAACAUACUACUGCCCUCAAGUUGACAGUCAAAGAGUGUUGAUGGAUGCAAGAAAUAUAAUGUAAACUGCCAGUCAUAAGACUGUUCAAGAAAAAGUAAAAAGACAGCAAAUAAGUAAGCAAUUUCACUAAAGAGAGUUAAGAAGAUGGAGCAUUUUAUGUUAGAUUUAACUGUAGAGACUAAGAAAAAUAAAGGGCAUCAUUAUGUAAAUCAAAAUAAAACCCCUAUCUUGAUGUCUCUUUAUGUUUGUUUUCUACAAUAGGCUUGUAUGGAACUCUGAAAUCUCUGCUGAAUCAACUAAGAGUGGUCUCAAUGUCCUAUGAUAGUCACAACUUGGCAUUUGUGUACUUUAUGUGCUGCAUUGUCCACUUCAGGUGUGUCCAAAAGCAAGCUUAUAAAUUGAGAUCACUCAAGGAAAAGAAGAAUGUUCAGUGGCAGAUCAAAAGGACAACAAAACUCAAUAGAAAGUGUUGCAUCUUGUUUUCUGGAGCUCCAUUCCAUUAUCCAUCAACAGCAACUAUGAUCUACACAAUCUUCUCUUCAUCAUAAAUUGCCCACCAACCUUCAAUUGAGAGUGGCUCCUAAACUUUUAGGUUCAUUAAAGAUGUGAACCAGUUCUUGCCACAUUGUCA